UUCGAGAAGGUGUACGAGAGACUCAAUGUGGAGAACUUAGUCGAACGCGGCGAGUCCUUUUAUCAAUCGCGAAUGCAUGACUUGGUGAAGGAAUUAGAAGAGCAACAAUUUCUCACCUUAGACGAAGGUCGCAAGUUGAUGUGGCCCCCAGGCGCUGAUAUUCCCUUGACCAUUGUCAAAUCUGAUGGCGGUUUUACUUAUGAUACGUCUGACCUAACUGCUUUAUCGCAACGACUUCAAGAAGAGAAAGCUGAUUGGGUACUCUAUGUGGUUGAUGUAGGUCAGGUGAGUUAG